CUGCUACUUAAAAGAGGGUUUUUUUUUAGCUAGGGUUUUUCUUCUGAAAGUUCUUAAUCUCGCAACAAAUUCUCUCAUCUUCAUUCAAUGGAUGCUUCUUCGCUUAGCUCCCCUGAACUUCAGGAUUUCAUCAACCAAGAGAAACAAAAAGCAAUGGUGAAUGAAAUGAUCGGGAAGCUAACAGCUGCAUGCUGGGACAAAUGCAUAACCGGAACUCCAGGUAGCAAGUUCAGUUCUGGUGAAACGACUUGCCUCACUAACUGCGCACAACGUUACAUGGAUAUGUCUCUUCUCAUUAUGAAACGUCUGCAGCAGUGAAUUAGGCCUUUUUUUUAAUUGAAGAAGCUUUUUUUUUUUUUUUUUCUUUCUGAAAUUUGGCAUGGGAAGUGUACUACUCACUCGUCUAUCGACAAUGAAAUUAUAUUAGUCAUUGUUUUCUGGCAUUAGAAGGAAGAUUUAUGGUGUUUAUUUUAUGCUACUAUCGUGUUCUUCAAUUUUUUUAAUAUCUAAAUGAUAGUUGUGUUUCCUUCUCUA